CUUCCUUUCAUACAACUAACUUUGAUGCUUACCAACCUUCACCUCCUCACGACCACGCCUCCCCACGAUACGAUACGAUACGAUACAGACGCUUACGAAACCUCUGACCAUAAUUCUAUGUCUCAUCAUAUAAUUCGGUCUUGCUGCCACCGCGCAUUUGCUUAGCUUUCUUUACUCGCUAAUCGCCACACUUUUCAUCUGCUUCGCCUUGGGCCGCCAUUCACUGUAUAAGUGUCCAUUGCCUCAGGUGAUACUCAGGAGACUUUAUGCCGUGAAUACGAUAAGAGAGAACACAUUGUAUCUCGAAUUAUAACCGCCUACACCUCGAUAUCUCGCAUCCUAAGUCCUACACCACCCGCCCAACAUGGCUGAAAACAGCGACCCUCUCGAGAUAUUCGAGGCGGAAAGGGAUGAAGAUUUUGAACAUUUUUUCGAAAGCGCUUACAGACCACGGCCAAAUACUGGAGAUCAACUAUUUCUCCCACAUCCCAACGCACCCGCUGCAUAUCACAACACACGCCACGUUCGCCGCUCACGAGUUGCUCGAAAUUCGGCACUACACCAAGAACCACAAGAACCUCCCCCUGUGAUUGACCUCACAGAAGAGCCUGAUUCUCCCGUCCAAUCACGAGCUAGGCUCGACAUUCUUCAGCCCGCGAGACCACCUGCAAGGAAUCCGCGUAGAACGAAUUCCCAGCGCACAUCACCACCUCAGUUGGCACGAACCGACGGUACUUUCGUGGGACGUACAGCGAAUGUUAUUGACUUGACUGCGGACUCACCUGAAGACGAACGAUCACAUUUUAGAGGGAGACGCGAAGUGCCUCGACCGGACGAGUUGAUUGAGCUGGAAAUAAUAAGCCAGCGGCCAGCUCUGGGAUCUCUACCAAACUUUGCUGCCUUUGGCCCCUUCAGGAGAUUGGCUGGUAUUUUUGGAGCUGCAGAUAUAGCUUUCAACCCACCUAAUCUCGACAUUUCACGCAACGCAUUCGCCCGACAACCGACCCCGAAGCCACAAAUGUCCCCACCGCCCCCAACGCGAGAAGGGUUCACUCGCAAUACCUGCACUGACCCGGAGAAGGAGUCCGAAAGCGUGGUCAUCUGCCCAGCCUGUAAUGAAGAGCUGGCUUAUGACCCAAGCGGCACAGUGACACAGAGCUCUGUGGGUACGCAGAAGGGAAAGCGAAAGCGAGCACCGGGAGAACACCACUUCUGGGCCGUAAAGAAGUGCGGGCAUGUCUACUGUGCCGAUUGUUACGAGAACAGAAAGCCUACGAAGGCGAACCGCGAUGGCGUAGGCUUCCUAGGUCCUGAUGGACGGGCUGCGUACACGACUCCAAAUGAUCUCCGAUGCGCAGUGGACGGCUGUGAUACCAAGGUAUCAGCAAAGACGGAGUGGGUUGGAAUCUUUCUUUGAUUUGCUUCCCUGAGAAAAACCUCACCUGUGAUCAUGGGAGUUGGGGGGCCAACGAAGUCAUGAAUGACGAUAGGGACACUGCGAGCAUAGCAUUGGCGUUAGGGAUUGUAUCUAUCAGACCCCCCCUUUUUUUUUUAAGUCUGCAGAGCUUGUUUUCACGGUACAGCGGUGAUUUAUGUGAUUUCAUGGUGAGGACCAGGGGUUGAAAGACAAGGAUGGCUUGGUCGCGUAGAAUAACUAAUUCUAGCUAAGGCAUCACUUCUCAAACAAAACAGGAUAACAUUCUAAA